AUGCCUUUUGGGUUGAAGAAUGAGGGUGCGACGGGCCCAAGGGCCAUGACAACCCUUUUCCAUGAUAUAAUGCACAAAGAAAUUGAGCAUGUGGAAGAUCUACUGAAGUUGUUUCAACGUUUAAGGAAGUAUCGUCUCUGUUUGAAUCCGAACAAGUGUACUUUUGGUGUCCGUUCCGAAAAGUUAUUAGGUUUCAUUAUCAGUCAGAAAGGAAUCAAAGUAGAUCCUGAUAAAGUUAAAGUAAUUCAAGAGAUGCCAGCACCAAGAACUGAGAAAAAAUGCUUAGUUGAGAUGGCUGGUAGAAACGAUGCUGCGAUUGCUGCUGCUUUGGAGGCUAUGGCUCAAGCUUUGGCAAAUCAGCUAAAUGCUGAUGAGAAUGCAGGAUCUCGCAGUUUAGCAACCUUUCAGAGAGAGAAUCCGCCGGUCUUCAAAGGCAAGCAUGACCCUGAUGGCGCAUUGGAGUGGUUGAAGGAGAUUGAGAGGAUAUUCCGUGUGAUGGACUGCACUCAGGCGCAGAAGGUUCGGUAUGGAACUCAUAUGCUGGAAGUCGAAGCUGAUGACUGGUGGUUAGAGACUCGUCAGAGAUUGGAAGGUGCUGGUGAAGAGAUCACUUGGAUUGUUUUCCGCAGAGAGUUUGUGAGGAAGUAUUAUCCUGAAGAUGUUCGGGGUAAGAAGGAGAUUGAGUUCCUUGAGCUGAAACAGGGGAAUAUGUCAGUGACAGAGUAUGCUGCAAAGUUCACUGAGUUGGCUAAGUUCUACCCGUAUUAUGAGGGAGCAGGGGCUGAGUUUUCAAAGUGCAUCAAGUUUGAGAACGGAUUGCGCUCUGAGAUCAAGAAAGUUGUUGGGUAUCAGAAGAUUCUUAUCUUUACUAAUCUGGUUGAUAGUUGCAGAAUUUAUGAAGAAGAUCAUAAUGCACAUUACAAAAUUGUUAAGGAUAAGAGAGGCAAGCAGAACCGUAGCACACCUUAUGAUGCUCCAGUUGGAAAAGGAAAAGCAGAAGUGGCUAAUGGCAAAAGAACUAGUGUGGGAGGAGCUCCUACUAGCGUGGUUUGUUUCAAAUGUGGAGAACCUGGUCACAAGAGUGAUGUGUGUACUACUGGGGAGAAAAGAUGUUACCGUUGUGGUAAGACAGGACACGUAACUACUGAUUGUAGGCAUAAGGAAGUUAUCUGUUUUAACUGUGGUGAAGAAGGGCAUAUUAGUAGCAAGUAUCAGAAACCAAAGAGGGAACCAGGCAGUGGAAAAGUGUUCGCUUUAGCUGGAACUCAGACAGCUAAUGAGGACAGGAAUGCCGAAGGUACGUAUUUCAUUAGUAAUACUCUUAAUUACUAUCGUUGA